UUCCUGUUGUGCGGUUCAGCCGGUGAGGAUGACAGCCCGUGUGGUGUCUUACCGCGGAGUUCGCGGAACGACAGCGACAACAUGAAGCUUGAACACCUGUAAUAUAUAUAUAUAUAUAUAUAUAUAUAUAUAUAUAUAUACCAAAAAAUGAGUCCAAAUUCAACCAUGAAACUCGUCACCGUGGCCUUUUACGGGUUUGCUCUGGGGCUUCUGGCGGUCGGCCUGCGGGAGUUGCUGACUGGUUUCGAGGAGAACAGAUGCAGCAUGACCUAUAUGUUUGAAUACCCGGAGUACCGGCGUGUGGCUCUGCCUCGCCGGAUGGCCAGACUGUACCCAGCGUAUGGCCUCUAUCUGUACGGGGAGGGUCUGUACGCCCAGGAGACCCGAGCACUCAAACUCACCGGCGCCCCUGUGCUCUUCCUGCCUGGAAACGCAGGCAGCCACAAACAAGCUCGCUCCCUGGGCUCGGUGGCCUUGAGGAAGGCUGAGAAUAUGGAGGGCGGUCUCCACUUCAACGUCUUCACCGUGGACUUCAACGAGGAGCUGGUGGCCCUCUACGGCGGCAGCCUGCUCCGCCAGACGCAUUUCCUGCAUGAGAGCAUUAAGGCCAUCCUGAGGCUCUACAAGCACCUGAAGACCCCGCCUCAGAGUGUGGUGCUUGUUGGUCACUCCAUGGGAGGAGUGGUGGCCCGGGCGCUCUUCACCUUGCCCCGGUUCAACACCAAUCUGGUCAGCCUCAUCAUUACCCAGGCCUCCCCCCACCUGGCUCCGGUGCUGGCCCUGGACCCGUACCUGCUGGAUUUCUACUCAGCAGUGAGACAGAAGUGGGUGAACCAGGCGAAAAAGCUCAGGAACGUCACGGUUCUGUCUGUCGGGGGCGGUUACCGUGACUACCAGGUCCGCUCCGGCCUGACAUCCCUGCCUUGUACACCAGGAGACUCAAAUAAGUUGUCCCUAGUGGCUACUGCCGUUCCCAGGACUUGGGUGUCCACUGACCAUCUGUCCAUCGUUUGGUGCAAAGAGCUUGUCCUUGCUACUGUCAGGGCGUUCUUUGACCUCCUCGAUCCUGAAACCAGACAGUUCACAGUAAACCCAGAGAAGAAAAUGGCUGUACUAAACCAUCACUUCAUCAGACACCCGGUUUGGAUGCUGGGAGAGACCCAAGACACCUCCAUCUCCAUCUUAGAUUCUCCUGAAGCAUGGAAUGAAGUUAACACACUGCGUCUGGCUUACACCACACCAAAGGAAGGACAGGUCAAAUACUUUCAGUUUGCCCUGUCGAGUCGCAGGAAAGCCUACAGCCAUUUCUACUGCCGGAGCAAUAACCUGGAGAUGAUGAGCUGGGUGUACGGCUGCGUGCACAAGAACGGUUCUUCAUGUGUGCGUGCGGUGGAUCUGUCCAUGGCAACUGAGCUACUACCACCCUACAAGAUCCUGAUUCUGAGUCUCAGUGACUUGUCUGCAGUUACUCAUCUGGUUGUUUCGGCCUCCAACCUCAACGGCAAGCAGUUCACGGUGGAAUGCGAGUGGCAGAGACAAGAAUCUCAGACUCUGUCUGUCCCAGUGCCACAUGUUCUGUCCUUUGGUUUGACUGUCAGCGAUGUUUCGGUCAACUCCUCUGGACUUCUCCACAUCAUCAAGCUGCAGCACUUUCACCAGGUUUAUCAGGCUUUCAGAAUUAGUGUUGCAAGCCAGUGCAAAGUAAAUAAAGAUAGACUGCCCAAUGUGUACAGAAUACACGUGCCGUGGUUUCGAGAGGACUCUUUGACCACAGCCAGUGUGCCGUCAGUGACUGAGAUCUCAGGGAUGCUCCACACAAGUUGUCCAGACAACAUCUCAGGUGUCCUCCUUCAGCUCCACACUGCCCCCAACUGCCAAUAUAAGGUGUCAGUGAGAACUUCAUUACCAAGGAUGCUGGGACAGAUACUUAGGUUCUGUGGUCCCAUGGUGCCAGUGUACACAGCUGUAACCCUGCUCCAGGCCUGCGGGGGGCAGCUGUCCUCCAUUCUGAAGUCGAGGCGAGCCGCAGAAAUGAGCGAGGUGGUGGCUAAAGGCCUGCAGCCUCAUAAAGUCAAUCUGCCCGUGUAUAUUCUGCACAUUUUACUUGGCUGCAGCUGGUUUCAAGAGGUCUGGUCAUUUCUUUACCUCCCCCCUAUGGAUGCUCUCCCCCCAGCCCACCCUGAUAGUGGAUCUCCUGGGGGUCCAGCAUCAGUUGAAGAGUGGCCCCUCCUCCUGUCCCCUCUACUUUACAUCUUGGGGGCAGCCGUUGCCUACUGGGGCAGCACACUGCUCCGUCUCAUCAUGCGACUGAUCUCACUAAUAUUAGCUCCAUUCCACAGACCAUCUGUCUCCAGAGACUGUGGCACCCUGCAACUCCGGACCCAGCUCCUCAUCACUCUGUGUCUGACUGUUACGGGAGCGGUGUCCUGCGGGGCGCUGGCGAUCUUUGCUGCCUUUCUUCUCCACCUUUACCGGUUACUGAGACUGCAGAUGACCGAAAGAUCCCUGAGUCACAUGUUGAAUCUGGCCCCCCGGAAGUACAGAGAAGACGAGAACGGCAUGGUCGAUGCAGAAUCCCUGAGCAAGCCUAAAGAAUGCAAUGGCGCCCCCCUGCUGUCUGAGUGUGCUCUGCAGGAGGUGAGGGACGACUUGCAGCUCCACCUCUGCCUAUCAGCACUCUUCACGCUACCCAUCAUGCUCAUCACACCCUCACUCCUCCACUGGCUCCGCAACCUGAGGUAUUCUACCCAGCUGGAUCCUGACCCCUGUUGGCCUUGCAGCGUGCCUCUCAUCAUUGUGUACAUCCUGCUGAUUAACUGCAACACUUUGAAACUCAGCAACAGUAAACUCCUGCCUCUAACGUCCUGCCUCCCCCUCCCCAUGUCCAUCGCCAUGGUGACCUUCUCUCCACUCCACCUCUACAGAGUCACCUACUUCCUGCUGGCGGCCCUCGUCCCUCUGGCCUCGUGCUGCCUGCUCUGACGGUAUCUGUCCCGUUUCAGUCCGCAGCUCUACCAUAACAAGCCUUUCUCUAAAUUACAGCCCGACCCGCUGAAGCAGCUCCAGGAAGACGGGCUCCAUCUCGCUACCGUGGAGCAGAGCCAUAGACAUACAUAGCUUGGGGAACUGUGCGCUCGAUGUUUGCACUAAAAGCUCCAUGGCAAUUACAACGAUGUUUUUGAAUGAGAGGAUGUAAUGGCCUUGGACCAUUUGGUGUGAAUAUGGCUCUGAAGGAUUGACCUGAAACCAAGUUUGCCUUACUCUGUAUAUCUAUAGCUCUGCCUUCAAGGAGGAUCAACAACUCUACAACCAGUGAAGCUACUGAUAAUAGAGGUUCUUAACAGGGUGUUACUGUUCAAAUGUGUCCUUUUUGUCCUUGUUGUUGUGUCCAGUGUCUCCAGUGGGGUUGUAAACUCCUCCUGCUUAGAGAUGACUUCUAGCCGUGUGUUAUCUUUACCGCAUGACUGUCCCAGCACUGACACUGGCAGUGUCACACACUCGCUCCACAAGGAAAAGUCCAAAGUUAUUAUGUUUACAUUCUCCCGUGUUCAAUGACGGCGGCAGCGCAUUAAAAGGCUUUAGUGUAGGCUCUAAUCUGUUACACAUUUCUCAGAAGAAAAAAGGCAUGAUCUACUACAUGUUCUCUAAAUACAACGGUGUAGCCAAACAAAUUAGUAAAGGGGUGGCCAGGCUGCGAGCUGUAUUCAUUUUGGUGUGGCACAUACAAAUGUGUCUUGUUUACUUUUUAUCUCUUCUGCGUGGCUCCGUCUUAAUGGAGGGCUGCACUGAAUAGUUGGAAGCUUUAGACAUGACUUUCGCAUGACGUUCCUGCACGUCUAUCCAUUCUGUUUAAACAUACAUAUACAUUACAUUUAUAUAACCACAAUAACAGAAAAAAAUAUAUUAAAAAAAGAUAUGAGGUCAAGUAAUUUAAGCUUUAUUUGAAAACCUCAGUUAGUAGUUUUGAAUUUAACUGAAGAAAACCGUUCGGUACAGCCCUCCCGUGGGGCCCCGCCCUCUUUCAUUCCCUCGCCAAGGAAACAGCGACUGUUACAUGAGCAGCAGGCUCAGGGCGUGUCUAAAAUAUGCACCUGAUAGUCUUCUGGUCAGAAAUAUUAGUGAUUUUAUUUUCACGCUGGUAAGAAAUGAGCCAAGAACUGAAAGGUAGAAGGCAAAUAAGCAUUUUCCAUCAUUCUGAAAUUCCUACGUUGGCGUCUUGGCAAUGCCUCGUUCUCUCCAUCAAAACCAGUCCAGCUCAACAUGUUCUCUUGAUAAUUUCCACAGGUCCGCCUCCAUCAUAGACUUUUAAUGUGAAAUAUCAGCGCAGGAAGUGCAAAAAGAAACCUGGCCGUGUGAGUGCAGCCUAAGAGCUGUGCUGUAUGGGAUGGUACAUGUGAUCUCACCCCUUCCCCCGGCCAGCUGUUGACUUGCCAAAUAAUAGUGUGCAGCCCUGUACAGUUCAGCGCUAACGGAAACAUUUAAAACUACGUGAACAGGCUCCGUUGUGUCCUUUCCCACUCUCUGGUCUGAGAGUCCCACUAAGGGUCCCUAUUACACGAGGACACCUGCUGUCAUGGAGGUUUCCUUCACGCUGUGUGGGGGCUUAAAAUGUGCGUUUGCUCGUCCUUGUUCCCGGCUAUUCACUACCUGAUAACUGGGAGAAGUUGGGUUCAUACACAUCAUGAUGACAUCUGUGUUCAUUACAUGUACAUAUCUAUCGAAACGUAUUGACCCUUUGAGAUUUGCCACGGUUUAUUGUUUACGGCAUUGAAUCCCAGUGAGCCAGAUUGCUGGCGAUGCACAGGUGUUGACCGGUUAAAUGCGAUCAAGCCAAAGGUUAAUGAGGUGAUUGGGGAGAUAACUGUUAAACGGACCAAUUAGCUCCAGGGAAUGGGGCCAAGAGUAGAUGAUCAGUGUUUAUGGUCUGGUCCCCGAGGUUUCACAAUGACUAUCAUCACAAGGUGCUCUCUGGUGACUCGAUGCAAUGCAGCAGCAGCUAUACGUUGCUCUUGGAAGCGCCGGUCUAGGGAGGUUCAAAAACCAGAUUACUUACUUUCACCUAAGCCCUGGAUUUAUGUUCAGUGGAGGAUUAUGGGAUGUAUGUUUAGUAUUGCAGCAGAUCCUUAGUAUGAUUUGGAGCUUCAAACAGCAACUUCAAGCUUUGAACGGAAACAUUUUAAAAGUCCUCGUUGUGAGGGGAAUUGCUUCAGUAUGGGUUGAUAAAUGUCUUCUGUUUGAUGGUUAUUGGUUAUUGAGGCACUGACCCUCGUGGCAGGUGUACAGGGGAAUACUUGGGACCAAGGACACCACCACCGUAUGUCUUACUUUUGCUUUUAAAUACUUUUUCAUAACAGACGGAUCACAAAACUACUGGUCUGAGUGUCCUUUUGCAAGUUUUGAAAUUCCAACUAAUCUUUUUUUUGUACAUGUUUUUUCUUCAUAUGUGAGAACGUAGUUCUUGUGGAUCCAGAUUGCAGCCUUUCAAGAUCAAGUUAGAAGAUGAGGCUGGAGUCGUUGUAUAUUAUUCUCGUUGUCAAUCAAAGCCAACAGUGUGUUAGUUCAUCUCAGCCCCGAGCCCACUGCUUUCUACUGAUGACGUUGCAGAAAAACCAAGCAUAAUAUUUAAUUUCAUCCGAAGACAGCUGGACACACUAGUUUGUAAACGUUACUCAAACAGGAGUAAAUGGUGAAAUUGUUGGACUUUUUUUAAACCGUGAAUUAAUACACAUGGCUAUAAGAGGCUUCAGAUAGACAGAAUGAAUUGUUGGUUUGGGUCUUCUACUGGGACAGAAAGAGAACUGCAGAAAAUCAGCAGACGUCUCCUUCUAAUGCCAGGUGUUGUAAGAAGAGGAAGGAAUAUUCUUUUACUUGAAGCUUUGGCUUUGCCACAUCUGCGUCGGACCAUCAGCACGAUCGUCGUGACGAACCGUUUCCUGUGAGCUGGUGCGUGUUGUUCUGCCACGUAGGCCUCCCAUUUUGUUGAUUUAUAUUAUUUUUUAUUUUUUUACACUUACCCAGUGGCUUUUACAUGCCGGUUAACUGUUGCACUCGCUCCGACAGCCCUUUUUUAGUUGUAGACGUUCAUAACGAAACCCUUGUUUUCAAAGGUUUUUUCAGAAAACAUGUCAUGACAUCCGGGGGAAAAAAAGUAAAAGAUACUUUUAAAUGUUUGAAACGCAACUAACAAAUCGUGAGUGACAGUCUGUCUGUGUGACAUUACACUAAACUGGACCAGAGUUCCCUUUUUCUUUUCUAGUCCUUAAUGUUUGAAAGAAAUGGUGUCUUAUUGGAGCAGUGGAGCAGCUGCUGUGCCUUUCUGCUUCCUCCCGUCUGUUCCACACCUGAAAACCCUUCAGCACUCUGGUUUCACUGCCUUCAUGGAAGCAUACAAUCAUGUACCCCGAUGUGAAUGUACCCGCACCGAAUGGCUCCACGUGCGCUUUGAACUUAAUGCAGUUGCUCGUGGUGUAAGUGACCCGCUUCGUCGUGCACUCGUCUGUUUUGGUGCCGUUUUAGUGCUUUGAGAUGCACAUCGUCCGCCUCGUUGUGAAGAAUUGGUGGCACACACGACUUUGUUGAAAAAAAUUGUAAAGAUGAGAGCUGUGGGAUUUUUUUAUGUGAUUUCUUUUUUUUUAUCGUUCUAUCGGUGUUCACUGUGAUCAUGUCCUGGUUACAGAUUUACACCUGAGGGUUUAUCUUUAGAAACUUGAAAGUCAUCACUUGGUGGGGAAACCAACAAAAAAAAAGUGACAUUUCUUCAAUAUUAGGUUUUUACAAUGGUCUUAUGGUUAUAUGUGUGUGUGAAUUUGUCUCACAUUUAUGAGUAGGACAGUACAAUUGGCCCCUUGAAUACUUCCAGAAUUAGGUUCAAACUUUGAAGUUGGAAAUAAAUGAAGACCAGGAAUCAAAGUGUAUAUUUCAUAAGCACUCGAUUUGAAAUACUGGCUCUUUUUUUUUUUUUUUUUUAAGAAGCUGUAAUCAUUUAGGAAGUUUAUUCCAAUGUUGAAUCAGCAUGUCAUCUGAUGCUCCUAGCACAUCUGUCUGGCAUUAACGUAAACCGUUGUGCAAUACGUGUGACAUGACUUCCAACAUGAAACCAUAAAAUACAUUAACAGACCUGGUCGUUGUCACGGUGGUUGUUUGUAUUCACGAUUAUUUUCUUUACCAAGUAAUGAAAAAUGCCACUAAAUAUGACUCCUUCUUUUUCACUGUAUAUGUUAGUAAAAACCCUUUGAAAUGUUACUACUGUAACUACUUUAAAGUAUUUUUUCUUUAUUCUAUUUGUGCCUCGAGUGACUUUAAAACCUGUAACCUCCUGCUGGCUGGUCCUUGUAUGUAGAAAUAAUUAGUCCGCCGACCUUUGCCAAUAUACUGCAAGAAGAGGAAAUGUACCUUAUCAGAGAGGUUCUUUUCUUUGUGUUUUCUUGCGAGGCUCUAGUGUGGAAGAGUAAUUUCUCCUCAGGUUUAAGCAUUGUGUCAAAAUUGAUUGCAUUGAUGUUUUUAUAUUUCUCACAUUUUUAACUGAUGUCAUUGUAAAUGGGCAAAUUGUGCAAUUUUGGCACUAUUGUUGUUGCAAUAAAACUAAGAAAAAUAA